AUGUAUCCGCAUCGAAGGAUCGGUACCGAGAUCCGCCAUAGCUCCCAUAGCGGAAUGUCCUACUAUGUUCAUCCGAUGGCUCUGGAUGUCCCCAGCAAGAUCCGACAUGCUUCUGAUCAGAGUCACGACCGAAACGUGACGACCGUGCAUAAUCCAAUUCAGAUCCCGCCGGCGGUCAGUCCACCAACAACAUCUGUCAAGCCAAUGACCAUGGAUCGAGGGGCAGAAGAGAGACUUGCCCAGGCGGCAAAGCAGCUCCAUGAACAAGCCAAGGAGAGCAUGGGCAUAUACCAGUCCUUUUUCGACAAGUACAAUCAAGACAUCAGCAGUGUACGCGAUUAUGUCGACACCGUCACACGUCGUCGCAUCUGGCAGAGCAAGAUCGCGCAAAACACCCAAUACAGCCAAGAGCAGGAAGGUGAAGAUCAACAGCUGGUAUACCAAGUCAGCAAAUUGCAAGUCUGCUUCGACCAUUUUAGCGACGCCGCAGGUUAUGUCACUUUACAAGACGAGCCGAGCGAUGCAAAUGCGUAUAACUCUCGAUAUUUUUUGUUGGAUAAGAUAGCGCACGCAUACAACCGAGUGAAAGAGCUGGCUCGGAAAACAAUGAUGAACGAAGGCGCCUGCCCAGAUUUAAUCAACGAAUUACAGGAGCUUCAUGACCUUGUCGAUCCGGAGAAGCCUACGGCGAGAGUGAUUUAUCGAUUUGACAAGAGAGGAAUUAUGCCCAUAUCUGCCGACACAGUUACAAUGCACAUUGAUGGCGCAGAAGCUGGCAAUUACGAGGGCGGACAGGCAGAAGCCGCGGUGCACUGGGGAUGA